AUGGCCCGGCACACGGGUCUCACCCUUCAGCAAGUCAACAACUGGUAUAUAAAUGCGCGCCGUCGCAUCCUGCCUUCGCUCAUCUCCAAGGAAGGCAAAGAACCUCGCGACUACCGAAUUACCCGCAAAAGAACGAACAAUACAACGGCGACGACAGUGACAACGACGGCACUGAACAAUCCGACGACUGCAACACCAUCAACACCUACCAUAGCUCCCGUUACUUCACUCGUAAGCGACACCUCAUCUCAUCCCCCCUCGAACCUGCUGACCCCGCCCGUCACUCGAUACAACAGUCCAACGUAUUCGCCGAUCAGCACGGACGGUGAGCCCUUUCCAAGUAUAGCAUCCAUGUUUCCCGCUUCUUCUGCAUGUCCUUCGCCUGUGCCACAACCUGGACAGCAACAACUUUACGUCCGUUCGGAAUAUUUCCCUGAUUCUCCGUCCACCAACAACACAAUGUCCUUUGUUAAUGAAAGCACUAGAGGUGCAGGUGGCCAGCCUCUGACAAGGUCGUCACGCGGUGUGCCACCGAACGACUGCCUCGCUCAGCCGCAGCCCGAGCUUUUGUCGACCCUUCAAAACCCGUCGCCGUAUAAUUAUUAUAAUCUAGUCUACAACAAUGAUGGCGAGCCGGGGGACUCUUUCCCGCCAGUCGAGAAUCUUAUCCGCUCGAGUUACGGAGCUACAGAUGGCAAUUUUCGAAUUCUCGAGUUCAAUAUGAUAUAA